AUGCUAUCCCUCAUCCCUCUUGUCGCCUCUCCAUUCCUUCUCAGUGUAGUCGCCGCAUCCAGUCAUCAAAGAGUCGACCUUUUCAAGCGCUCGGGACUAUCUCAAGAUGGUGUUGCGGACAUACAGGCAAUCAACGACCAUCUGAACUACUUGGAAGAGAAGUAUCUGAACAACUUUGCUGCAUACGAGAAGAACACCGGUCUUCAACAUCCUUUGGCACCGGCCAGUCUCUCCCGACGCCAAGUCGCUAGUGAGCCUCUCAAACAUGCCCAUAAAUCUCACUGGUAUGGGUCGAUUCAGGUUGGAACCCCUCCUCAGACCUUCACUGUGGAUAUCGACACUGGCACUAGCGACUUCAUCGUUCCAAGCUCGUCGUGCUCUACCGGAUGCGAGGGUCAUAAGGCAUACGACCCCGCCAAGAGCUCAACGUCUCAUGAGCUCAACACGUCUUUUAAUCUCACAUAUGGGAACGGAACACCCCUCUCCGGCGAAGUCUACUCCGACGAUGUCACCCUCGUUGGCCUUUACGCGGCGAACCAGACAUUCGGUGCUGCUUCGCCUUACCCUAACGUAUUCAACUCCAGUCACUUCCCCGCAGACGGGCUGCUUGGCUUCGCUUUCGAGUCCAUCUCCGCGUACAACGGAUCUUCCUUGAGCUUGGGAGGUGUUAACGCGUCUAUCUACACGGGUGAUGCCACCUAUGUUCCGGUCGUGGGAGACUCGUUCUGGGAGGUUACUUCUGACGCCAUUCGAGGGAGCCAGAUAUUCGUGGCAGGCAACAUCUCCGCCAUCAUCGACUCUGGGUCUGCCGUAAUUGUUGGGCCUACCGACGACGUGGCCAAGUUCUAUGAGAUUGAAGACGGAACGGCGUCGCCUCAGCUUGGAGAAGGUCUUUACACAGUGGAGUGCGACAAGACCCCGGUCAUGUCGCUCUCGUUUGGUGGCCGACCAUUCUAUGUGUCAACGGAGACGUUCAGUCUGGGAUAUGUCCCGGGAACGAACAAUACACUAUGCGUAGGCGGGAUCGUGGCAAGUGAUGUCACGAAAGACUUCUGGAUUGUCGGAGAUGUUUUCAUGCAGAACGUUUACUCGGUCUUUGACUAUGGUAACAGGAGCGUUGGAUUUGCUUUGCUAUCGUGA